CAAUCCCCCUGACGCCAACCAAGACAAUGGUGACAAGAAAAUUAGGCAAAAAAUGACACAGUAGUAGCCAGUCGACUUUUUUCUGCCCAGAGAUGCAGCCAAAGGCGGAAGGGAUGAUGAUCAAGAUCACUCCGCUCCCCAAACAACGAACAUUGAAAGAAUAAUCGACUGCCUGCCUGCCUGCUCUCUCGUCACGUCUCCCUGUCGGCUUUGAUCCAACGCUACACUACCGUUAAUCGCUACUACUACGUACUGGUUGACUGGCCCGGGAGCACUUCGAGGAACGGCUGCCCCAAAGGCAACGCUGAAGGCUAAGUUCCUUGGAUCAUGCACUUGGGACUUGGGUCCGGCUCCACACCCGCCCCCGUCCCGGUUCAUGGAAGUCUCCAAGAUCCGUGUCUGGCUGAUGCUGCCUGCGCUCGUUCGUUCAUUACUGGUAUUCCCUUGGGCUCUAGAGGCCUCGACCGGGAUCCAGGGGCAUCAAGAUGGUCCCUCCCCCCUUCCCUCUGACGAGUUCCCUGUUGCUCCUCAUCCAACAGCGACUUGUGUGUGUGUGCGUGUGUGUGUGGGUGUGCGGAAAAAGAGAGUGAAGAGGUGGGCGACGUGUGCGACGUUGUGUGUGUGCGCGCGCGCGUGCGUGUGCGCGUUGCAACUGCAUCGCCAUGUUGCUGCACCGAAGCAGGAGGCUGAGGAAGGCCGAACGUAAGGGUACCUACCUCAAGUGGAGACGACGAUGGAGAAGAAGGGAAACAGGUACUUCGUACUCAAGGGUUGUACCGGCUGUGGGAGGUGAUUUGGCCGAUUCUGCAAAUGUCAGUGCCAUGGCCACCAUUAGCUCCCUACGCACACCCGAGUUCAGCGUAAGAGUGCAAUGCGGAGGAUAAUG